AUGGUGCUGAACCGGGAGAAAUGCCACUUUCUGGUCAAAGAGGGAAUUGUGUUGGGGCACAAGAUCUCCAAGAAUGGGUUGGAAGUAGACAAAGCGAAGGUAGAGGUGAUUGAAGCUCCUAUUCUGGUUGCUCCGAAUUGGGAACUCCCAUUUGAACUUUUGUCCCAAUCAAAUUACACAGUUAUUGAGAAGGAGAUGGCGGAACUGGUGUUCGCAUUUGAUAAGUUUAGAUCAUACUUGGUGGGAACCAAGGUUACAGUCUACACUGAUCAAGUUGCUAUUAGGUACUUUUUUAAUAAAAAAGGUUGUGAUCAAUGUCAGAGGUUGGGAACCAUUUCGAGGAGGCAUGCGAUGCCAUUGAGAAGUAUGUUGGAGGUUGAGAUCUUUGAUGUCUGGGGGAUAAACUUCAUGGGACCAUUGACAUCCUCAUGUGGUAAUCAAUACAUUCUAGUCACAUUGCACUACGUGUCAAAGAGGGUGGAGGCUGUUGCAUUACCAACAAAUGAUGCCAAAGUGGUUGUCAAAUUCAUUCAAAAGCACAUGUUCACCAGGUUUGGAACGCCAAGGGCUAUGAUUAGUGAUGGAGGUACGCACUUUAUCAAUAACUCAGUGCGUAAUCUGUCAGAUAAGUAUGGGGUGAGGCACAAAGUGGCUACAAUAGAUCAUCCCAAAGCUAGUGGACAGGUGGAAGUGCCAAAUAGGGACAUCGAAGAAAUCCUCCAAAAGACAGUGAAUGCCCUCUGA